GUAAUAUAUGUUACGUCCAAAAAUAGGACUACGUGUUUCGCGAGUGGGCAGCGCCGGGGUUUGGGUACUCCAACCCUGCCCACACACACGUAACAAUAAACAAACAGAUGUUUGUACUUUACAACACCUCACGCUGCAACAGCUGUCUUACUGCUGGACCAAAACUUACCGGCCUGCACACACUUUUCAGACGCCAUGAAAUCGUCACCCGAAGUUUGGCGCCCGUCCUGCCCAAGGGGGAACUGGUCCAGAUGCGGCCAAGAUUGGUCACCAACCCGGAAAUCCUGCCCGAGUACAAGAAGACCAAGCCCCCCAAGUUCGUGCCCUUUGAGCCGUAUCCAGGUGCGGUCAACCCCAUGAUCUCUGAGCCAACGAGCAAACACAAAAUCCAUCGGGACAAGAACAACCUGGACAUUGCAGUGCUGGUGGAUCAGGUGUCCACGUUGAAGGAUAUUAAGAAAACCAGCACAGCGGAUGAGCUGGCCAAGAUGCGCGGGGAGCGAGAUUACUUCCAAGCGCAGUACAAGUUUCAAACGCAGGUUAAUAGCGAGCUGAAGAGCCUGUUGGUGGCCUCCGUGGGCGAGGAUCUGCAGACACGGGUCAAUGUGCUCACCGAGGAUAAACUGCAGCUGGCUAGGGCGCUCCUGGAUACCGCCAACACGACCACCCACACAGAGCAGAUUGAGUUCCUGGCCGGACAAUGUGAGGUCUGGCGGUCCAAGUUCCUCGCCAGCAGCGUUAUGGUCGAGGAGUUAGCUCGCUGGAAAGCCGAUCUCACCCAGAAGAACCAACUACUUAACGAGUCCACCAAGCAGCUGCUGCACGCCACCCACCAGAUCCGCGAGAUUCAGCUGGAUAUGCUCAAGCAGCUAAAGUUCCUGGCCAAGAUUCGCUUUUUGAACCUGCCCGCCACCGAUGUGAUCAGUCUGAGUGCCGAGAACUUGAAUAUCCUACAACGCAUGGUCCUGCACACAGGCGUGGGCAUUCCUGAAGAGACGCUGAAGUUGUCCAGCGCCAGUACGAGUCCACUUUGUGAGGCGGAAAAGUAUGCAGUUAGGGCCUUGGAAUUCAUUAGUCAGCCCUUGAUGGCCACCGAUGAAGCCAUACGAGCUCUUUUCGACCAGGCCCAACGGCCCCACUAUGUGCCAUCAGCUGCCGCGGAGGUGGCUCCUACCGAUAAUCCACAACCAGAUAAACAGCAAUAGUUAGCCAUCUUAAGAAAUCAGUGUGACAUGUGUUUAGGUCUAAUACAUUUUAUGUACAAUCGGCAAACAUAAAUGCAAACAUAACAUUAUUUUUGUGGUUAAA